AUCCGCUCCGAAAGAUUGAGUCCAUACGAUUCCGUUCAUCGCAGACGACUGACGCACUGCUUAAACAUGAAGGUCCUGUGUCUUGCUGUGAUCGCCGGCGUAGCGUGCCUUGCCCUCGCUGGUGAAGUCAAAAAAGAAGAGAAGGCUGCUGGCAAGGAUGAGAAGGUCGAAGGCCGCGGUGGUUUCUUCGGAGGAGGUGGAGGUGGCUACGGCGGCGGCCACGGCGGCGGCCACGGUGGCGGCCACGGUGGCGGCCACGGUGGAAGUUUUGGAGGCGGGUAUGGACAAAGUGCCGGAGGCUCCCAGAGUGGCUUCAAGCAAGGAGGCGCAGGAUACAACCAAGGCUCUUCAGGCUUCUCUGGAGGCGGCUCGUCUAGUAACGUUCAGGGCUACAACAACCGGGAGGGGUACAGGUCCAACUCAGGCUUCUCUAAGUCCGCCUCGAGCAGCCACGGAAGCGGUUUUGGCCAGCAGUCGGGUGGAUUCGUGGGUGGCUCCUCGGGUCACAAGUCUGGCCAUGGAAGCCAGCAGCACGGCCACGCUGGCGGAGGCUAUUAGAAGGUCUAAAGCAUCACGUCUAGUCGUCUCGUAAACAUUGCCUACUAUCAUGCUCUACUCUCGUGCUUUCCAUACAUCGCCACAAAACAGAAGAAAACCCUGAAAACCAUCCAAAAUUAAAACGUAAAGCCACAGAACAUAAAACUGUUCCUCUCUUUCAAAAAGAGUUUGUAUUUUUGUAAUAAAAUUAUGCAUUUGUA